CAGGGGCUCUCUUCUGUGAAUGGGCCAUUGAGUGUCCCUGCAGGACUGGUAAAAUGACAUAAUCCCAUUGUGGGAUGCUCCGCCCAGGGGGAGGAGCCAAGCAUUCCUACCUGGAUAUAAGCUGAGGCUUCUGACACCAGGAGCACCUUGGCUACUGGAUUGCCAGAGGACAAGAGCUCCAUCACCACUACUGGACCUUCAGAGGAAGACCAGACCCUUCUACAGGAUCACUGCUUUGACAAUCACAAUCAUCACUGCAACAGGACUGCAGCCACCAUUUAAUGGGACUGCUCCCACCACCCUGAGCAACAGGGUGCCAGGUUAUAUCCUUACUCUGUCGGUUUAAGGCAGUGUUUCUGUAUCAUUAUCUUGAUCUAAAUUUCCUUUUUAAAUUGUAAUUCUGACUUAGACUCUCCCUGUGGUUUGCCUUGAAAGCAGUACAAAACGCCAUGUACUCAUCCAUUGUUUUCCUCCCAAACCAGAAUUUCCCAUGCCAAAACCUUUUCCAGAUGGAGGAGGAGGUUGUGAGGAAGACGAAGAUGCCCUGGGACAUGCAGGCAGACAAGGAGCAGAGGAUGGAGACCAGUGAGGACAAAGCCCCAUGGCACAACCUUGUAGCAGAGGCCAUUUUGAGUGGCUCCACAGCACAGGAAUACAAUGGGGAAGAAAAGCUGCAGAGAUCCUUCAGGAGGAGGGACUCCAAACCCAGCCCAGGGUGCUCUGAAAAGGAAAGACGCACCCAGUGCCAAGAAGGUGGACAAAGCUUCAGCCAGAGCUCAGAGCUGGUGGUCCAUGAGCAGCUUCCUGACGGGGCGAAGCCCCACAAGUGCUUGGAGUGUGGGAAGAGCUUCAGGCAGAGCAGCACCCUGAUCAGCCACCAGAUGAUCCACACAGGGGAAUGGGCCUACGAGUGUGGGGAGUGUGGGAAGGGCUUCAGCUGCAGUUCAAAACUUGUCAGGCAUCAACGCAUCCACACUGGGGAGAGGCCCUACGAGUGUCCUGACUGUGGGAAGAGGUUUCACACCAGCUCCCAUCUCCUCCAGCACCAGCGGAUUCACACAGAUGAGAGGCCCUUCUGCUGCCCUGAUUGCGGGAAGGGCUUCAAGCGCAACUCCCACCUCGUCAGGCACCAGCUCAUACACACUGGGGAGAGGCCCUACGAGUGUCCCACGUGUGGGAAGAGGUUUGCCACCAGCUCCAAUCUCCUCCUGCAUGUGCAGAUUCACACAGAUGAGAGGCCCUUCCGCUGCUCUGACUGUGGGAAGGGCUUCAAGCAGAAACUCAACCUUGUCAGGCACCGUCGGAUCCACACUGCGGAGAGGCCCUAUGAGUACCCCACAUGUGGACAGAGCUUCAGCCAGGGAUCAGAGCUGGUGGUCCAUGAGCAGCUUCAUGAUGGGGAGAAGCCACACAAGUGCUUGGAGUGUGGGAAGAGCUUCAGGCAGAGCAGCACCCUGAUCCGCCACCAGAUGAUCGACACCGGGGAAUGGGCCUACAAGUGUGGGGAAUGUGGGAAGGGCUUCAGCUACAGCUCAGAACUCGUGAAGCACCAACGCAUUCACACUGAGGAGAGGCCCUAUGAGUGUCCCCAGUGUCAGAAGAGGUUUCACACCAGCUCCAAUCUCCUCCUGCAUGAGCGGAUUCACACGGAUGAGAGGCCCUUCCGCUGCCCCGACUGCGGGAAGGGCUUCAACCGCAACUCCCACCUCGUCAGGCACCAGCGUAUCCACACUGUGGAGAGGCCCUAUGAGUGCCCCAGUGUGGGAAGAGCUUCACCCAGAGCUCGCACUUGA